CUGUUUGUUUUUUUUAAAUACAGUAGUAUUAAUCAUGGCGGAUGAUGCUGCAAAAAGAAGAGAGGCAAGACGACGUAGAAUUCUUCAAAGUCCUGAAGAACGGAUGAGAAAAAUAGCUGGUGUUGGUUCAAAUGGUACUGCUGAUCCCAAUGGUAUUGACGGACAUAAUCAAAUGUGUUCAGGGCCAGCGAACACUAAAACUUGUCCAGAGACUAACAAAGAAUACAAAGUUAACCCAGAAACUGAAAACAUUCCAUGCGCCCACAGAAUCCUUGACCAAGCAUCUGAACAGAGAAUGCAACAAGAAAGUAAACUGACCAAUAAAAAAGAUGAAGCCAACCAAGAAUUUACAGGAGGACAAAUUCCUGAUGGACAAUUUGAGCAAGCCCAGAAGGAAGCUUUGGAAAAGGGUAGCAAUGAGGAAAGAAGGUGGUCGAUAUCUGCACAGAAUUGUAUGUUAUCGAUCGGGUUGGGAGUACUUUUGAGAGUGGUCUUGUGGCUUAACAUUGCAGUGUUGAGUAAUCAGUCAGUAGUUGUUGAAUUCCUGAUUGUCAACAUUAUCAUAUGGAUGAGAUUCAAUACUUUGUCAGACCCUGAUGAACCUUCAAGACCUAUUCCAUUGCCUGGUUUGAUCACGACUUUACUCCUAGCUGGUGUGCAGAACCCAGCACUUGCUGUCAUUUCUAAGAUCAUUAACACUGUAACACAGUUUCUAACCAAUUUUGCUCUCUUUCUUUUCUCAUUUAUUUGUGCUCAUUGUCUUUUAGAAGUAGUUAUCUGAUAGAAAAACACCCAAGUUGCACAUUCUGAUUCAUUUUAUUAAAAGAAGUGAUAUGUUGUUAAUAGCAUGAUAAGAACUCAAAAUGCAGUUGUUUGUGGAUCAUUGUAAAAAUGGGAAAUGUUGAAAAUGUUUUUAUGAUAAUGUAAUGAUCUUGCUAAUAAUUCAUCACUCUAAUGUUGAAAUUAGAACUAAGUAACUGAUUUGAAGUUCAGUAACUGUUAAAUUAAAGAUUUGUUUCAGUAUUCAGUGAUAAUUUUUUAAUGAUUUAGUUAAAAUGUGUAGCUGUAAGUCGAAUAAGAGUCUGUCUCAAAUAAGCAUCCUCUUUUAAAUACGGUAAAACAUCUAUUAGAAAUCCAGUACAGUACUCUAAUAAUGAUAUGGAAAUUGAUAUGGUGCACAAUCUGCCUCGAAGAAAGAGUAUGCUCACAGUGCAUAUUUCACAGUUGUUAAAAGACUGCUUUGAAAAGAAUUUGCUGAUUAACACUAUCAGUGACCUAUGUUUUAGGCUUAGUAGUAAACCAGUGGAGUCACUAUUGAAAUUACCAAAAAACAGAAUUAUAAGCCCACAAAUGUAAGUAAUUGCAUGAACAUUCCAUCCCCUAUGAAAGUUGGUUGUCACUGUAUAAAAGGUCUAUUAAACAUGGAAAACAAAUUAUUUCUUUUCUAUAAAACAUAUUUAAAGUUGUAUAAAUAAUUCCAUUCCUACUGUACUGUAUACAGUAUUUUUUUUUUUUUUUUUUUUUUUGUGAAGGAAAAAAAAUCUCACUCCAUUAAAAAAAAAUCAUAGACAAUUAUUUGUUAAGGAAGAGCCAAAACAUUGUUUUGAAAGGCCACUUUUCAAUCAGUAAUAAAUUGAUGAAUUUGAUACGUAAAUCAUGAAUUUUAUAGUCCUUGGGUGUUAAUUUUACCAAAUCGUAUGUGGUGGUUGACCUAUAGGCCUGAAGGUAAAGUAAUUUGCUGACCGACUACCAACUCCGAUUUCCAAAUACCACUGAGCUUGGGCAACAACAAUUUUCGUACCUAUGUGUUUUUGCCAAACUAUGCACACAACAGUCGUCGGCCGACACAGUUUUGUCGAGAACACAAAGCGUUGCAGGCACAACAAAUCUUUUUUAAUUGUAAUGCGUUCAGGCUGCGCUGACAACCAGCAGACGACGACGUCUUGCGUACAGUAGCUAUUGCAGGAGCGUAGUUUUUGUCGGUCGAUGAUUGUAUGAUAGUCACAUGACGCAGUGUGUGCCCGGCUUUGGAAUUUAUAGUAGUGAUCAUAAUAAUUAUGAUUUAUAGAUCUAUAUGUUAAUACAGUACUAAAUAUAUAAUUAUAUAAUAAGUUGCUACAAUAAUUAUGUUUGUAAUAGUGAUGUGUACAAAAUCUUAACAAAAAUAAUGCUGUACAAAUAUUUAAGGUGUUUUCUAAUGAAUAUAAAGAAUGUAUAAAGAAUGAUAA